CCUCUUCUUCUCGCAGAGGUUAGGUUUUGCCUCUGUAAAAGAAACAGCGGUAGCAGAAGGAAGAAGGAAGAAGAAGAAAGAAAAGAAGGAAAAAGAAAGAAGGAGGAGGAAGAAUAAAGAAGGUACCCACUGUCUUCUAUCUACUGCAUCUGCUGCUUAACAACAACAAGGUUUCGAAACUCUGCAGAUUUUCCGAUAUGAAGCUGACCGUCGAAUUCGGCGGAGGAUUAGAGCUUCUUUGCAACUCUGUAAAGAUUCAUAAUGUCAAUGUAGAACUGCAAAACGGAGCAGAAAAGUUAACAAUGAAGGAUUUGCUCUCUUGGAUUCGUACCAAUUUGAUCAAGGAGAGGCCUGAAAUGUUUAUGAAAGGAGAUACUGUCAGACCUGGUGUUCUGGCCCUUGUGAACGAUUGCGAUUGGGAGCUGAGUGGCCAACUUGACACAACACUAGAGGAGAAGGAUGUGGUUGUUUUCAUUUCAACCUUGCAUGGUGGAUAGUAUGUGUAUCUUUGUAAUAUCUUUCGAUUACGAGCAAUCGUUCGUCGUGGGAUUGUAAGAGCUUGACCUUAUUAUCCAUGUAUGUGAACAUCACUACUUACUGUUUCCCUAUCCAAGCAUUUAGGAACGAGCUGGAAGUAUAUUGAUAUAAGGUUGACAUCAUUAUGUAGUUGGAUUGAGACUGAAGUAUUUCAGUUAUAUAUACUCUUGAGAAGUGGUUUGAAACCACCCUAUGGGUUUUUGCUGACUUGAUCGGUUUAAGGCACUGGCAUAGCUUUGUAGACCAGGUAGGGAAUCUUCACUUUCCUCAGUUAGAGCUUUUGUGCGCAUAUGAAUAGUGAGAUAGUGGUGCAUCUUAAAGUUCCAUGGAUUGUGACUGAAAUAAGAUAAUUGAAACGGUAUGUGAUUCUGUGCUGA